AUGAACAGGAUUGCCCUGCCUGUAACUGUUGGGGAUAAUUACACGCGCCCCAUGUCACUGCCGAUGUUUAAGAGCAGCCGCCGUUCGGCGCGGACCGCGGGCUCAGGCCGAGCCCCCGCUUUGCGCGGCCGUCUUGCGUUAGAAGGCUCCUCCAUUGAUGACAUUUCUGGACCAGACGAGGAGGAUACAGAUUCAGCAAUCUUAUAUGGGACUUUGCGAGGAACUAUUGUUGGAUUACGAUACUACACAGGGGUUGUUAAUAACAAUGAAAUGGUUGCGCUGGAAAGGGAGCCCAGUAAUCCCUAUGAUAAAAAUGCUGUGAAAGUCAAGAAUGUGAAUGGAGACCAAGUAGGUCAUAUUAAAAAAGAACUAGCAGCAGCGUUGGCAGACAUUAUGGACAACAGACUAGCGGUAGUUGAAGGGGUUGUCCCUUAUGGAGCAAAAAAUGUAUUUACCAUGCCUGUACAAAUGAGCUUUUGGGGAAGAGAAGAAAACAAGGAAGCUGUGCUAGAUCAGCUAAAAAUUCAUGGAUUUAAAUUGGCUCCUCCUUUGAAAGGUUCAGAAUGUGGUCUUGGAUCAGACUGGAUCUCUGAAAAGGCUGGAUCAACUUACAGCUCUCCAGUUCCUCCUGCUGUACGCCUGACAACAGAACAGCUUAAAAGCGAAUUUGACAGAUUGUUUGAGCAUCUGAAGGAAGAUGAUAAAACUUGUGAAAUGGAAGCAGCAAAGGCUGUCGGAACAUUGUUGCUUCCCCAUCAGAAGCAGGCUUUAGCUUGGAUGGUUUCACGUGAGAACAGUAAUGACUUGCCACCAUUUUGGGAAGAGAGAAAUAAUUUAUAUUACAAUAUAAUUACCAACUUCGCAGUAAAGGAGCGACCAAAAAAUGUUCUUGGAGGAAUACUGGCUGACGAUAUGGGAUUGGGUAAAACGCUUACUACUAUUGCAUUGAUUCUCACAAAUUUCCAAGAUGGCAAGCCUCUUCCAGUUGAAACAACCACAAAGGAUAAGUCUUAUGAGGAAUUUUGUACUGCCAGCACGAAGAACAUUGGACUCCGAUUAUGUAAAGGUGACAAAUCUAGCAAUACAGUGGAGCCUGGUGUUUCUGGUGUAAAAACACUUGAAACUAUUCCAUUGAAACUUUCAAGUUCCCAUCCAAAAAGAGGUAAAGCCAAAAAACCCAGGUAUUCAAGAAGUGACCUAGGAGAGACUGAAGAAUGUCUACCACUGAAAACAGAACGAACUUCUUGUGACAACUCAGAAGAUACAGGCUUUGGAUCUGCUCUUCUGGUAGCAGCUACUCCUUUAAAAAGAAAAAAAAAGAGAAUGGGUACUGCUAGCAUUCAGUCUGUUGAGAAAAAAUGCACUGAAGGUGGCCCCAGAACCACACUGAUUAUAUGCCCACUGUCUGUCCUAAGCAACUGGAUUGACCAGUUUGAACAACAUACCAGCCAAGAUUUUCACCUGAAUAUUUAUAUUUAUUAUGGUUCUGACCGUAACAAAGACCCAGCAAUUCUUUCAAAACAAGAUGUUGUAUUGACAACCUAUAGCAUUUUAGCUACUGAUUAUGGAAUCAGAGAUGAUAGCCCAUUACACAAAAUCAAGUGGUUGAGAAUUGUAUUGGAUGAGGGACAUGCUAUACGAAACCCUAAUGCUCAGCAAACUAAAGCUGUCUUAAGUCUGGAGGCACACAGAAGAUGGGUUCUUACAGGUACUCCUAUUCAGAAUUCUGUAAAGGAUUUGUGGUCUCUUAUUUCCUUUUUAAAACUGAAACCUUUUACUGAUCGAGAGUGGUGGCACAGAACAAUUCAGCGUCCAGUCACAUUGGGAACUUCAGGGGGACUUAGGCAUUUACAGUCACUGAUUAAGAGUAUUACCCUUAGAAGAACUAAAAUAAGUAAAGUUAAAGGAAAACCUAUUUUGGAGUUACCAGAGCGUAAAGUACUUGUUCAGCAUAUCACACUUACAGAGGAAGAAAGACAAAUCUAUCAGUCUGUGAAGAAUGAGAGCAAAGCUGCCAUUAACAGAUUUUUCAGUGAAGGGACUGUACUGGCUCACUACGCUCAUAUCCUUGGUGUCCUGCUCAGAUUGCGGCAGCUUUGUUGUCAUCCUCAUCUUUGUACAAAUACAUCUGGUUUUUCAGCUGGUAAUAAUACUCCUGAAGAACUGCGUCAGAUGUUAGUGAAUAAGCUGAAACUGGUUCUGAGCACUGGUUCAGAUGAAGAAUGUGCAGUUUGCUUGGAAUCACUGACUCUUCCUGUGAUAACACACUGUGCACACGUGUUUUGUAAACGGUGUAUUUAUGAAGUCAUCAGAAGUGAACAGCCAAAGGCCAGUUGCCCUCUUUGUAGGAAUGAACUGCGAAUAGAUCAUUUGAUGGAAUGUCCCCUAGAAGAGGAAUUAGACUCCAGCAAUGGGAAGACAGGUGAUCAGGAGUGGAUAUCCAGUUCUAAGAUAAAUGCUCUAAUGCAUUCUUUAAUAGAACUACGGAAGGAGAAUCCAGCUACUAAAUGUCUGGUUGUUUCUCAGUUCACAACCUUCCUGUCACUGAUAGAAAAUCCUUUGAAAAAAUCAGGAUUUUUGUUCACUCGCUUGGAUGGCUCCAUGGCACAGAAAAAAAGAGUAGAAGCAAUUCAGUGUUUCCAGAGCAGUCAACAAGGAUCCCCAACUAUAAUGCUUUUGUCUCUAAAAGCAGGUGGACUUGGAUUAAAUCUCACAGCAGCUUCCCGAGUGUUUUUAAUGGAUCCUGCCUGGAACCCUGCUGCAGAAGACCAGUGUUUUGACAGGUGCCACCGACUGGGUCAGAAGUACGACGUUGUUAUUACUAAGUUCAUUGUGAAGGAUUCAGUAGAAGAAAACAUGCUGAAAAUCCAGAAUAAGAAGAGGGAACUUGCAGCAGGAGCCUUUGCUACCAAAAAGCCAUCUGCAAGUGAAAUAAAGCAAAACAAAAUUAAUGAAAUCAAGGCUCUAAUUGAUUUAUAGUUUGAAACUAUGGUAUUCUGAGUAA